AUGGGUCCGAAACCGUCUCGCGGCACCGCGAGAGGAGCAGCAGCGAGUAGCUCCAAUAGGGGAACGGGAGGCACUGGUAGACAGACCAGACAGCAGAGGCGAACGUCUGAUACAGACGUAGAGGGUUACCUCCAUGACGAUGACGAUGGAGAGGACCCUGAGCAGCCUGCUAAGGGAAGCGAUAGCGAGCACACAGAGGGGAGUAAUAAUCCUCUUGCUCAGACGCCUCCCUCCGUGCCUACCAUCCCAGCGAACGCUGAGAAAAUUUCCCCUCAGCAAUCGGGCGAGCCGAAAAAUGUCUCGGACAGCCAAGUGCGCAGACCCGAGAGUGAUCGCGAUCCCGAUCACAGCACCGAAACUAGUAGCGGUGCACACCGAGCUGAAGGAGCUUCCGGUCUCACUGAAACCGGACGUGAUCGACGAUCACCAGAGCGUCGAUCUCAGACGGAAGCUGAUCCAAACCCUAAUCGAGAUCCAUUGGUGGCAAAGAUCACGGUUAUAGUGAGCGAUGCCAGAAAACUAGCGAAGACAACAACUGCGCUAGGAAGAUCGACAGCUGAAUCUAUCAAGAAACAGAAUGCAGUCCUACAGGAGUAUAGCAACAGGCUGUUAGAUAGUCAGGACGCUGUAGAUAAUCAAUUAGCUAAGAUGUAUUCGUUGAUGGACGAAUUGGAUGCUACUAUCGAAGACGAUGGUCGAUAUCACAUAGUCGAUCAAGACAGUGCUAGAGAAAGUAAAGACCUCGACGAAAGAACACCUCCACCUAGACCCACGGACAAGGGCAAAGGCAGAGACGAUCGAGAGCGAACUGCUAGCGUAGAUCUUUUUAAAAGGCUUCCCGGCGAAACUGACGCUGAUUAUAGGCGUAGAAAAAUCGUCGUCCACGAGCAAUUAGACCGUGACGAAGAUGUAGCCGAAGAAUUACAGGCUGAGAAUCGAGAACGCCUGAGAGCUGAGCGCACGCUCAAAGCCUUAAGACUGACCCGCCGAGAAUGGAAGGCGAAAGCGAAGAGGCAUACCGUACUCGAGUCCGGAAUUUUAGAAGGAUUCAUGGUCCAGCACCAGAGCGCCCAUCAAUGGAAAGAGACCUACCUCCCCAUAGAAGUCGACCUAGAGAUGACAACAAUGAAGUGA